AUGGAAAAUAACGCUGUCGAAAGCGAUUUUGGUCAGGCGCUCGGUGAAAGACAAACUCGUCGUGUUUAUCUGAUCACUUAUUCCCAGGCAGAUUUGGGGAAAAUAGCAAAUUGCCAGGCGUUUGCUGAUUGUAUUCUUGAGGCAUUUUCACAAUCACAAGGAAAUCAAAAGGAUAAUACGAACCAUCCAGAACACUGGUCAUGCUGCAUGGAGGAACAUAGAGAUGGGGGAAAGCAUUACCACUUGGCUAUCAAACUAAGUGCACCAAGGCGGUGGAAAGCCGUGAAAAAUUAUGUAAGCAAAAAGCAUGGAAUUGCCUUGCAUUUUCCGACCAAUCAUGUGGUUACCAUGUCGCCUACAAAUACGUCUGCAAGAACAAGUCAUUCACCGACGUAUUACACAGCCCUGGCCACCCAAAUUUACAAGAAAUUGGCUCACCAAAAACCAAACGUGCUUUCACACAGUUUUCUGAUAACGCGAAGAAAAGGAGAAUCUCAGCACCAACUAACAAUGAGAAAAUUAAGGAAAACCUACCAAGUUCUUCGAAACCCAAGAAGUUAUCCAACAUCGAUGUUUCUGAAUUUAUUGUCGCAAAUGAUAUUAGAAGCGAUA